AUGUCUUAUCAAAAGGAAGAGUCCUGGAUCCAGGAGUUCACAACACUUAAUGACCUCGAUAUGAGCGAUGAAGUUAGCGUUGAUCUCAGCGAGCUCACAACUCCUGAGCCCGAGAACGAAGUCCAUGUUACAAGCUAUGACGAAGAAAGUAAGUCACCCACUGCCUCAUUUGCUUCUUUUCGAGCAAUCCGCUGACCAUUUUAGAUACCAAAACAGAUGAUGACAUUGAUACCGGAGCUCUAAUCUGGUUCAGCAAUAACAUGGGCCUAGCAUGGUCUGCCAUGAUGGAAGACGGCAUUGGUAAGUUCUAAUCCCCUUUCAUUCUUUACCCAACUAACAUUGGCUAGGCCGCCACUUAAACAGCAUAUGGUACUCGGACGGACCAGAAGAGGCCGAGAGACUUCAAAACUUCCUUGAAGACGGAGUUGACACCACAAUGACCACAACGAACAACUUAUCCAAUAUCUCAGUCCACCCAAACUUCCUCAACGCUGGACUAGCAUGGUCCCUCUUCAUGGAUGGCAACAUCGGUGAGCUCGAAUUCCCCUUUUACUCUUUGCCUAACUAAGACCAUUUAGACCACAUUACCAACGAGCGAAUUAACAACAAUGGACCAGGAGAGGCUCAAAGACUUCAAAGUUUCUUGGAGGGUGGAGUUGAGGAAUCUACUUCAAAUGACGCCACCGGAGCCAUUCCACCAGACUUUGACAGCAAUGACCCAGAUUGGUCUCACUUUGUAGACGACGACAUCGGUAGGCUCUAUCCCUCUCCCUUUUCUACUAUGUACCAACUAACGUCAUUCAGGCAGCUUUAUAGACAACAGAUUGGCCACAAAUGGGCCAGGGGAGGCUCAAAGAUUGGAAACUUUCUUCCAUGAGGGAGAUGAUAAAAACGAACGCAAGCCAGCGGUUGAGCCAGCAGUUGAGCCAGAGGUUGAGCCAGAACACUCAGUGGAUUUAUCCAGCUUCCAAUUCAACUUCGAAUCAACAUACCAACUGCCAGACGACACACACUGCACAGGCACGCCCAACUGCCCACUUCAUCCAAACACAGCUGACGACCUUGAAAACUCUUCUACCACAAGUGGUGACUCGUCACAGGAUUACGAGCAGACCAGAAAACGCAAAACCUCACCCGUGGAUUUCAGCGACGACGAUGAAGAACCACACACAGCCCGCAAAGCCCGCACCAGAGAAAAGAUUGAGCAACCAAUCGAACGUCCCUGGCUCCUCAUAGAGAAGAAACAACAUCUCAUGAGAUUAAUGAAAGAGCUCCAAGCCUUGGACCAGAAGUUCGAAGCCGGUUAUCUUUCCCGGGAGGAGGCGAGUCAGGAACAUGCCGACAGAAACUGGUACGACAAACGGGCCCAGAAGUACAUCAAAAAGAGCAACUGCGUGAUCAUUGAAAUCAAGAUCGAGUCGGAAAUGUAUAUGGUCCUGCAGGAUUUAUAUGGAUUGGGUACUGACCGCCCCGAUUGGCUUGCCGCCUUUUGGGAACCAGAUAAAGAGGAUCCAGCUGGUGCCGACGAGACGGAAUAG